CUUGGUCUGGUCUGGUCUGGCCUGGGCUGGUCUGGCUCAUUCUUCCUGGGUAUCGUUGGUGACUGUGACCAGCUGUUCUGUAGCCGCCUGUCAGGUGCAGCAGAGAUGGCAACACAAGAGAGGAAGAUCCUCUGUGUUGGGCUGGUCUGUCUGGAUAUUAUUAACGUAGUUGAUUGCUUUCCAGUUGAAGACACAGAUACGAGAUGUUUGUCCCAGAGGUGGCAGCGAGGUGGAAAUGCCUCCAAUUCCUGUACAGUACUUGCACUGCUCGGCACUCCAUGUGCUUUCAUGGGCUCGCUGGCACCUGGACGAGUUGCAGAUUUUGUUUAUGAGGACCUCCAAAGCCACGGGAUUGAUGUGAGUAAUGUGAUUGUUCAUUCAGGAUCUUUCUUCCCAGCCUCCAUUAUCAUCAGCAACAUAUCAAAUGGCUCCCGCACAAUCCUCCACAAGAACAGCUUUAUAACAGACGACUUUCAAAAACGUGGCAUUGACAUCUGCAAUGUGGCAUGGCAGAGUGUGGGAAUUACUCCCUGUGCUUGCUGCAUCGUCAACUCCUCCAGCGGCUCCCGAACCGUGGUUCUUUCCGACAUGAAUCUGCCCGAUGUAACUAUAGAGGAUUUUAAGAAAGUUGAUCUCUCGCAAUUCAAGUUGAUUCACUGGGAGGGCAGAAAUGCAUCGGAGCAGAUUGGUAUGAUACAGCGGGUGGUGCAGUAUAAUGCUACUGUGCCAGCAGAGUGCCGAAUCACCAUCUCCGUGGAGAUUGAGAAACCAAGGCAAGAUCUCUUCUCACUCUUUGGACACGGAGAUGUGGUUUUUGUCAGUAAAGAUGUUGCAGGACACUUAGGGUACAAAUCAGCACCUGAAGCAGUGAAAAAGCUUUACAGCCUUGUGAAGCCUGGUGCCUACCUGAUCUGUGCAUGGGCUGAAAAAGGAGCUGAUGCCUGGGGCCCUAAUGGAGCUGUUCAUUCUGAUGCUUUUCCUCCUGAAAACCUUGUGGAUACUCUGGGAGCUGGAGAUACCUUCAAUGCUGCUGUAUUAUUUUCACUAUCCACUGGCAAGUGCAUACAGGAGGCACUGACUUUUGGCUGUCAAAUUGCUGGGAAAAAAUGUGGCAUUCUAGGAUAUGAUGGAAUUGUCUAACGAAACAACAACUUCACUGGAGAAACAUCUAUCCACAGAUGAUAGAAAUAAGCAAAUGUUGCAGAUGCAUCCAGACUUGGACUGAUCGCAAGAGAGAUGCAAUGAAGAAGGCCCUUUGGCUCAUUUGAUUUCAUCCUUCCAAAAAUCCCAUCCACUACUCUCCCAAUUAACCUGUUCCAACUGUUUCUCUGUGUAAAGAAAUGCUCCUGAAAUUGCCCUUCAUAACAGGGAACCUGAACCCUCCUGUCCUGCUGCUUAGGGGCAUCAGAAAGUAUUGUUACACUGUUAAUCCAUUUAGUUUCAUAUUUACCAAUAUAAGGUUCUCUCUGAGACUACUCUUCAAGGAUUAUUCCUAUCAUGCUCAUUAUUCUCCUCGGCCUUUGAACUUUAAGUAAUUUGUUCUCUAAACUUUACGUUAAGUGAUGAUAAAUAAGUCUCACGUUUCAUUCACACAGGAUCACUUCAUCAAGUGGUUUUCUGUCAUUCAUUUUUUUAAAAUUUCUGAUUAAAACAAACUAUAUAUGUUAAAUUUCAGUAACAUUGGUAAGAGAAACUUAGGUACAAUGAAAUCUACCCAAAGCUGUUCUGGAGCAUUACCAUGAGCACAUUGUUCAUUUAAGUAUUUUUUUAAAAUUCAAUAAUUAAAAUUUGGACAUAUUCUAUUACAAAUUUACAAAUUUGUCAAAAAUUGACAAACUGUUAUAAUAUAAUAAUGAUCAAUUAAAAAAAGUUUUAAAUAGCCUUUAUGUCACUUUUCAUAUUCUUUAUCAUAAGUUGGGAACACAGCAUCAUGGUAAGUUAAAUGCACCAGCAAUGACAUCGGCAGAAUCUAGGGUUGAAGGAAAUUAUCUCCACGAGAGUAAAUGUCUGAUUGACUUUGGUUUGGUUUAGUUAUUCCAGCAUUUUAUUGUUUCGAGUGUUUUACAGGAGGAAGGUGAAAUAUAUCACAUAAACCUUCAGAAAAAUAAAAACGCAAAAAUGCAGAUUUCCAUUA